AUGUUCUGCCUGGGCGCGCUGCGGCUGCGGGGCUUCCCGCUGCGGGGCUCCCCCGGCCGCCUACUUUCCGUCUGCGGCCGCGAAGGAGAAGAAAACCCACCCUCACCUGCAGAAACAAGAUGGAAAGACAGGGCAGAAACAGUGAUAAUUGGAGGUGGCUGCGUUGGUGUGAGUCUGGCUUAUCACUUGGCCAAAGCAGGCAUGAAAGAUGUGGUCCUCCUGGAGAAAUCGGAGCUCACUGCUGGAUCUACCUGGCACGCAGCAGGUUUAACAACUUACUUUCAUCCUGGAAUAAACUUAAAGAAAAUACAUUAUGAUAGCAUCAAACUUUAUGAGAAACUGGAAGAAGAAACCGGACAGGUGGUGGGAUUCCAUCAGCCAGGUAGUAUCAGAAUUGCUACAACUCCUGUAAGGGUAGAUGAAUUUAAAUAUCAAAUGACUCGGACUGGCUGGCAUGCAACGGAACAGUAUAUUAUUGAACCUGAAAAAAUACAAGAGAUGUUUCCUUUACUCAACAUGAAUAAGAUUUUAGCUGGACUGUAUAAUCCUGGAGAUGGUCACAUUGAUCCUUAUUCUCUAACUAUGGCCCUGGCUGCUGGGGCUAGGAAAUAUGGUGCCCUUUUAAAAUAUCCUGCACCAGUGACUUCUUUGAAACCCAAGUCAGAUGGAACAUGGGAUGUUGAAACACCACAGGGAUCUAUGAGAGCAAAUAGAAUUGUGAAUGCUGCAGGGUUUUGGGCUCGUGAAGUAGGUAAGAUGAUUGGACUAGAACAUCCCCUCAUUCCAGUUCAGCAUCAGUAUGUUGUCACAUCGACCAUCCCUGAAGUGAAAGCUUUAAAGCGAGAACUCCCGGUGCUCCGUGACCUGGAAGGAUCUUAUUACCUCCGACAGGAAAGGGAUGGGCUUUUGUUUGGUCCAUAUGAAAGUCAAGAGAAAAUGAAAGUUCAGGACUCAUGGGUCACCAAUGGAGUUCCUCCAGGGUUUGGAAAGGAGCUCUUUGAGUCUGAUCUAGACCGAAUCAUGGAACACGUCGAGGCUGCCAUGGAAAUGGUUCCAGUCUUGAAGAAGGCUGACAUCAUCAAUAUCGUCAAUGGUCCUAUCACCUAUUCUCCUGACAUUCUGCCUAUGGUAGGGCCCCAUCAGGGGGUCAGAAACUACUGGGUGGCUAUAGGCUUUGGGUAUGGCAUAAUCCAUGCUGGUGGGGUAGGGAAAUAUCUCAGUGACUGGAUCCUGCACGGAGAGCCUCCUUUUGAUCUGAUAGAAUUGGAUCCCAAUCGCUAUGGCAAGUGGACAACAACUCAGUACACCGAGGCCAAAGCAAGAGAGUCGUAUGGAUUCAACAAUAUUGUUGGUUACCCUAAAGAAGAACGGUUUGCUGGGAGGCCAACUCAGCGAGUCAGUGGGCUUUAUAAAACCCUGGAGUCCAAGUGUUCCAUGGGGUUCCAUGCAGGCUGGGAGCAGCCACACUGGUUCUAUCAACCAGGCCAGGACAAUGGGUACAGGCCAAGUUUUCGCCGCACAAACUGGUUUGAUCCUGUGGGCUCUGAGUAUAAACAGGUUAUGCAAAGGGUAGGGGUGAUUGACCUGUCACCAUUUGGCAAGUUUAACAUCAAAGGUCAAGACUCCAUUAGAUUGUUGGACCAUCUCUUUGCAAAUGUCAUUCCCAAGGUGGGUUUUACAAAUAUAAGUCACAUGUUAACACCAAAAGGUCAAGUAUAUGCUGAGUUGACAGUUUCUCACCAGUCUCCUGGGGAGUUUCUAUUAAUAACUGGUUCUGGAUCAGAACUUCAUGAUCUUAGAUGGAUUGAAGAAGAGGCUGUCAAAGGUGGAUAUGAUGUUGAAAUUAAAAACAUAACCGAUGAGCUUGGAGUCCUUGGCAUCGCAGGGCCACAUGCAAGAAAGGUCCUUCAGAAACUGACCUCUGAAGAUCUUAGUGAUGGUGUUUUCAAGUUUCUUCAGACCAAGUCUUUAAAGGUUUCCAACAUUCCUGUCACUGCUAUCAGGAUAUCUUAUACUGGUGAGCUGGGUUGGGAGCUGUACCACAGACGAGAAGAUUCUGCGGCACUUUAUGACGUUAUCAUGAAUGCAGGCCAGGAAGAGGGAAUUGACAAUUUUGGAACCUAUGCCAUGAAUGCCUUAAGACUGGAGAAAGCUUUCAGAGCCUGGGGGUCAGAGAUGAACUGUGAUACAAAUCCCCUGGAAGCGGGACUGGGAUACUUUGUAAAGCUAAAUAAGCCAGCAGACUUCAUAGGAAAGCAAGCACUGAAACAGAUUAAAGCCAAGGGGCUGAAACGGAGACUGGUCUGCCUCACCUUGGCAACGGACGAUGUUGAUCCGGAGGGAAAUGAAAGCAUCUGGUAUGGUGGCAAGGUGGUUGGCAACACGACCUCCGGAAGCUACAGUUACAGCAUCCAGAAGAGUCUGGCUUUCGCGUAUGUCCCUGUAGAGCUAAGUAAAGUGGGACAACAAGUGGAAGUUGAAUUAUUAGGCAAAAAUUACUCAGCAACCGUCAUAAAAGAACCCUUGGUGUUGACGGAACCAAUCAGAAACAAGCUUCAGAAAAAAGGUGGAAAGGACAAAAUUUGAAAAGACUUUGAGAAGGCAACUGAAUUAUGGUUGCUAUGUGAUUGUACUGAAAAUGAUAACUGAUUUGCUGGGGAAUAGGGGAAACCAAAAAUUUAUUUCAAAAUCAUCAGAAUCUUAAAACCAUUCUCUUGUUUCCUAAGCAAUAUAGAAUAAUGGAUGAGUGAUUUACAUUGUUGUUUCAGAUGAAGAAAUUUGAAGCUAAUGUUUUUACUAUUCUAUAUUGUUGUUUACAAAACUUGGCAAAACAUUUAAGUGUUUGCUUACCAUCAUUAUUACAACUGAAGUAGAAAACAUUAUAUAAUUUUAGAAACACUUUUAUGUGGUUCUUGUUAGCUGAAAACAAAUUAUGUUUUGUUUUUUGUUUUUUUUUACAAAUUAUGUUUUACA